UGGGAGGGGUGCUGCUGGAUGUGGAAACAUCAUCAAUGUCCGGCCAGCGGUUUAGUUUUGUGUUGUAACUACUCCUUUUGAAUGUUCCCCACUGUUUCUCCUGGCGAAGGAACGGACGGAAGCCAUGGACAAGAACUGAGCUUGAGACAUAGCAGCCCGGUGUCACGGCCGUCUCCAGGCAAGACCGGGAACUUCUGCCCCAGUGCAUGGAGCUCUUCCUGCCAUAAUCAGGCCUCCUCAGAUGGAUUCUUCAGUCAGUCGACUGGAACCGGUACGGCUGCCAGAGAGUGAGAGAGAGAGAGAGAGAGAGAGAGAGAGAGAGAGAGAGAGAGAGAGAGAGAGAGAGAGAGAGAGAGAGAGAGGAAGGGGCGAGAAAGAGUGAGCAAGAGAGAGAGAGAGAGAGAGAGAGAGAGAGAAAGCGAGCGAGAGCGGUACAGCGCGGCUGUGCUGAACACAGACUGGGUCAGAGCGCUCAGUUGCUUCAGACAAUCACAAGGGAGCGCGCAAACGAGAGAGAGAGAGAGCAGAACAGAGAGAUUGCGAGGGGGGGAAAAAAGACAGAAGCCAAGUGAACGACCCAGAGGAGGAGGUGGAGGUAGCGAGAGAGAGAGGAGGUGGAGUGAUAAAGAGAGAGAGGGAAAGGAGAGAAAGAGAGAGAGAGAGGGAGAAGGAAGCAGAAAUCGGACAGGAUGUGGGGUGCCCGUGCACGUGAACAUCAGUGCAGACAUACUUUGAGCAUGACCUAAACGCAGCAGCACACGUACCACUCACUGCUGCCGCUGCUGCUGCUGACGGAGACAUUACCACCACCACCAUCUCUGGACCAACAGCUGGAACCACUGGAACCUCCCCCCCCCCUCACCAGCCUCAGAGAAACUCAGCCUGCAGCCAGCCCCUCGCUCCCUGACGGAGGACACCUAUUUCCCAACCCGCUACCAGCCAGGAGACACCCUGAGCACCAGGAGACCCACGGGGAGACCCAUCGACCCACCACCUUACCCCCCCCCCCUAGGAGAGGGUGAGCAGCUGUGGAAGCGGAGCGGAGCCCACCACUCGGUCGCGGGUCAGGCAGUCUCGUAGAAUGUGUGUGUGUUCAGGACACACUGCCUCCGGCUGUAGUCGUACCACACACCGCUGAACUUCUCCACCGCUGCGGGAUACGCUCUGCCAAGAGGGCUUGUGUGCACACACACCCACACAAUCUCACACACACACACACAUACAUACACAUACAGGCACGUGCAUAGACACCAACUGCGGAGCCAUGGGCUGUGGCCUGCGUAAGCUGAAGCCGGUGUCGGAGGAGAGCAGUCCGGGGAAGAUCUACUCCACCCUGAAGAGACCCCAGGUGGAGACCAAGGUGGGCGUGGCCUACACCUACCGUUACCUGGACUUCCUGAUCGGCAAGGAUGACGGGACGUCCACCCUGCGGCUGUCCUCAGUGCGGGAGCUCCCCAGCCAGCUCCAUGACCUGUACCAGCAGGGCUUCGUCCUGGCCGCCGUGCACCCCUUCAUCCACCCCUGUGGCCCCGAGUCCAACAGCCCCCAGCACCAGCUGUACCGCGCCAUCCUGGUCCGCCUCAACGACGGGGUGGAGAGGAACCAGCAGGCCUGCCCUCCACACCGCCUCCACCUGGAGGAGUGUCUCCCUGCCGACCAGGUCCCCACCCCCGAGCUCAUCCAGGGCUACGUCAAGAAGCAGGUCCAGGAUGCUGCCGACCAGGGCGUGAGGUUCGUGGGCUUCGUCCAGGAGCCGUACGGGGCCCCGUGCACCCGGAUCAGAGAACCGGAGACGCCCUCGCUCUCCCUCCACUCCAGCCCUAGCUCGGUGCUGGGCUCCCUGGGCAGCUGCAGCCCGCCGGAGCCCUCCAGCCCCGGGAACCAUGGCGGAGGACCGGGGGUCAUCCUGGAGGAGGUGUCCGAUGCCAGGCGCCCGGAGAGCCCGAUCGGGGAGGGGAAGGGGGUGCAGAGCGACGGAGAGGGAGAGGGAGAGGGAGAGGAGCUGACUGAGAACACUGGAACGGACGCGGGGAGCAGCGUCGAGGGAGGACCCAUGGACACCUCCUGCUCCUCCCCCGAUCAGGAGCGCACCGAGGAGAAAGAGGAGGGCAAGGAGUCACUGGUGCAGAACAACAACAGGACCAACGCCGGGGACGGCAAGGGGCGGCCGCGCUACACGCGCCACCGCAGAGGAGACGGGGUGGAGCUCCUGGCCCUGUUCAACCACCCGCCGGCGCGCGAGGGCCAGGCCAAGUACUACACAGUGAAAGUCCCGCUGAAGGUGCAGAACCGGGACGAGGGCGUGAAGGGGGUAGAGGCCAACUGGCUGGACUACAUGACCCAGCACUUCAACAACGGCGCCUCGCUGGUCGACGGCUACUUCCACCUGGGCGGCGACAACGACCUGCUGCCCAUGUCGGUGGAGAGUGUGUUCAUCUUCCAGGAGGCCAGUGAGACGGAGCCCAGCACGCCCGCCCCCGCCUACGACGCCAUCGUGGUCGAACAGUGGACCGUCAUCGACGGUUUGCAGGUGAAGGCAGACUACGUUCCUCUGCUCCAGUCGCUGGCUACGUACGGCUGGAGACUGACCUGUGUGUUGCCCACGCCCGUCAUCAAGACCAAGAGCGAUGGAAGUCUGUCCACCAAACAGAUUGUUUUCCUGCAGAGGCCCGUCCUGAGCAGAAAGAAGAGGGAGCCCAAGAAGCUGAUCUUCAAGUCCCGAAGCAAGACGAACAAGAAGUGCAUGAAGGAGGCCGCCUCGGCAAAGUACAAGAAGAAGAAUAAACCUGGAGCGUCGACCGGAGUGAAGGACCUGGAAGAUCCCAAGAUACACGCAGAGGAUGGGGAGAAGGAGGCGAUGCGGGCAGCAGCUAACCAAGAUGGCGGCGGGAGCCCCAGCCAGAAGCCGGAGCAGGAGAGAGAGACCAGGAAGGAGCGGGAGAAAGAGGAAGAAGAUGGGAAGAUGGACAGCGAAAUCAAGGUGUCUGUAGAGGAGACAUGCAAGCGGGAGGCAGGAGAGGUCCAGCCGGAGCACAAGGGAGGAAGAGAAAACGGCAAAGAAGAGGAAGAAGAAGAAAAGGAGACGAUUGAGGAAGAGGAGAAGAACAAGGAAAGCCCACAGGAAAGGGAGGCAGCGCAAAGAACAGAUGAGCCGUUACAAAAUGGAGAGGUCGCCUCAGACAUAGUACCGGAUACGGAAAGAUCUGAGGAAAUCCAGGGGAGCGCGGUGGAGGUGGUGGUGGUCGUCAAUGGGCUGCGAGAAGACGAGGAGAUGGAAGACGAUGAAGAAGGGCUCCUCACUAAACUCCCGGAGACGACAGAGGAAGCAAUCACCAGAGAACCUUUGGCAGAGGCCGAUCCGACCAAUCAGAGCCCGGAUGGAGCUCAGUAAACCUUCCCUGGCAGCCAAUGAAAGUUAUUCCCCCCCCUCCUACCUCUUAAACAGCCUAUAUCUGGAGAAUAGGUUGAAGCCCUGUAACGUAAUCUCAUCCCCAACCCCACCCUGCCCGAUCCUCAAAGUCAUUCUCCGAACACCGCCGCUGUGUCCUUUGACUUGCUUAACACACAAGUAUCCCUGCUAUCGGCCACGCUUAGCCCACCCCUGGAACCGAUUUCCUGCAGCCUCAGAGCCCCGCAAUCUGUACGAUGACCCUCAAGCCCACAGCAUUACACAUACUGAAUGUACCCGGGGGAAUACCUAGUUAGGAUCACCAUUAGGAUCCCACCACCUUGGAGAAAAGAGAAGCCGAUUGUACAUGACGGUUCACAAUGAAGGUUGAGCGUGUAACAAGGCACUAGUCCUCAGAAUACCGUGAUAAAGACCUUGUCAACCUGGUCCCGUUAUACACGGCAGAGAUCUGCCUUCAGGGCGAUCUGCCAGAAAGCCCUGAACCAACAGAAUUCUUUAGGAAGUCAGGUGACGUAGUAGGAAGAUUGACCAAGUGCAUGAAGGAGAGAGGGGGUCUUGAUGGAUGAAUGGGUCAAACAGGGGUUAGGAACCCCUGAAGGCAGACUUCUCCCAAGUGCCGGGUGCACCACAGUGGGGUCACAGGAGAGGUUUGGUUGGAGGAGCAAAAUAACUCUUGAGAGGACGAUGGUGCUAGCUGUUCCGUUGCGACAAUCCAAAGUGAAGCGAAGUUACGUUUACGAUAAGCUCGAAGCUAAGUGCUGCAGAGUGGGAACGCCCGAUAAUCAGAUUGUUAUGUUUUGGUGGCUCACCUUGCAUUAAGAAUGUUCCGGUCAAACCGAGGUAGAUCAAGAUGUGGCGAAAAAACACAUCGGAAUGAGUGUGGCGUGUGGAAAGGAAAUGUUUUUUUUAACCCUUAUUUCAUGACUUUUACGAUCAAUUUACAAGAUAGAGAGAAUGAGAGCAAGAGAGAGCAAGAGAGAAAGAAUCGAGUUUGUGAGCAAGAGCCGGGCAUUAGGCGGUUCUAUAAAAGAAAAUGAAUAGGCCAAUUUAAAAAUAACAGCAGUUUAUAUACCGCAUUCCAUCUCAACGUUUAUUUGAUUAUUUUCUCCACAGCUUGUUAAGCACCUCUUAAUAGGCAUAAUUUCUGACAAUAACAGAGUCAUAAUGUGAUGUUUCGCUGUAUCGUGUUGCUUUCCAUUUUAAAAAGGAUGUGUCGACAUUGAUGCUAUGAAGCGCUCAUAAGCCUGCUAAUGGCUUUUGUCGGCGGGGUAUCUGUCAGAAAUCAUACAUUUAUAAUAGGGGUCACGUAUGGGAGGGGAUCCAAAGAGGAUAUUUACAGCAAAUCACAGCUGAACUAAAUGGCUGGAGAAUAACAAAUAUUUCUGUUCUAAAUGAGAAUAGAUAUAUUUCAACGACAGCGCUACGGAAAAUGCACAUUCAUUCAUUACAUACGUUAUUUUAUUUGUAUUUUUAUAUGCUGUAUGAUUAUUAUAUUUUUGCCCAAUUAACAGGGCUGCACUUGAAAAUAUGCAUUUUAUUUUGGAUUUGAAGGUUUUACUUUUUAUUGUUGCUUUUCUAGUUUCAUUAUGGAAUGGACAUUUGUUUGAACAUUGUAACAAAAUCUGCCCGAUUCCUGUAGCUACUAUUAACUGCCACCAGCCACCACGGUUGAAUAUGUAGACAUCAUUUUCUUCAAAGGCACGACAUAAAGUUAAACAUUAUUUGUUCUCGACAUAAGAGUAUUGUGUUGAUAUUUUGAAGGUAUGCUUAAUCGUUUCCUGAUAAAUGAAGGUUUGAGGGGAAAAAAAGGGUUGAACCGAAGGUCAUCCUUGUGUUUUUGUCCAUAUACAUUUACGAAGGUUUUGAUCCAUAUUUCAGAUGUGUACCAUUUAAAUGUUGUUGUUUUUUAUUGUGAAUGUUCUGCUUUUCAGUUGAAUCGGUCAAGCGACCACUGUGACAGAGUGUGACCGUCAGAAGGAAGGAGGUUCAGUGCUGCCUGCGCCGUUUCUGCUCUAAAAGUGUGGAUAUUACUGAUGGUCUGUACCUUUAGCUAUUCCUCCUCAAGGAUGGCUCCAUCCCGCGUGUGGGUGGGUGGGAGGUCAUCACUAAUGGCAAACAAGGUCAGGGGGUCACUGUUGAAAUCAGAGGGGACUUUUUCAACAGCUGUAGACCAGGGUCUUUUGUGCUGGCACAACGUAUAACCACUCUUGAUAUGCAGUGAAGAUAGUAGCUCAUUCCGUAAUAUAUAAUUCUGUGGUAUUUUAUCUUGCGUUUAUUUUUCCCUUCUGCGUUUGUGUUUGCUUUGGGAUAUUUCCGCAGUAAUAAGCACUUAUUUUGUCAAUGACACGUAUUUUUGCGUCUUGCGGCACAGCUGGGAAUCAGUGUGACUUGUCAGGUCCCAUCAGUUGGGCUAGUGUUUUUUUGGUUGGAGACUACAACAAAUAUGAAUUAUGGAAGGCAAUAUCAAAAGACCCAUUCCAACAGCUGCAGUAAUCAUUAUGGAUAACCCCCCUCCCCACUCACCCACCCCUCCCGCGGAAUCUCGGAUCAGGUUAUUUCUUCAGAUUUAAUCAUGUUUUUCAUUUUUCUCAGGAGUCAAGAUAACUGUCAUCUCUCUUCAUGAAUAUGAAUGCGUUGCUAUCAGUAUUCUGCCUUACGUACAAGCGAGUCGGAACAAAAGCCUGCUGCCGGUGUUUCACAUCUGUGGCGCAUAUUCUGACAUUCAUUCCCCUUUGACAUUUAGCUCUGGGGAGAAAACAAAAGUGUUUGGAAAGAUGGGCAAAUCAGGAGGUCGUGAUAUUCAACACAAACCCAUUUCCUCUUUUGUAGCAGAUUUUUUUUUCAGCCCCUUCCGUCAGAUGGGGACGGACGCGACGUUAACCCUACCUUAACGCAAAGAAUCGGGGUCAGAGCUCAGCUUUCCCUCCCCAUCCAGAGCAGUUUGCUACCUUAGGUCAAGAUGUACAGGGUUCCCGUCUCUCAAUGCUUAUUGGCUAGCACGACCUUCCAAUGAGAACAAUCCGUUUUGUCCUGUUUAAAAAGAUUGAAAUAAAAAAAUAAACAAUGGAAAAACACAUUUUGAGCAGAGCUACACCAAUGCUUCAGCAGCUACGUAUACAACCGCAACCAUGUAUUCUUUCAUGUAAAAAAACACAUAUUAUACAGUUAACCGUUGUGUGUAAACAUCGACUAUGAGCCUGACUAGAUGAGCUGGUGCAAUUGUUCUCAGUAAUGCUGUAACACAGGCGAUCGGUGGACGCCACACGUCUGUCUUUGUGUCUAGAAGUGACAGAAAACAUGAUAUCGUAGGACAUUUUGGGCUUUGUUUUCUUUUCCAAGCAGUGCGUCACUCGCAGUCCCGUUAAGAUCUGCCUCGAUCAUUUCCUUCAGCUCGGCUGCCGUCUUGAAUGUGGAGUAUCUUUGAUCACGGUCUGCGGUCACUUCCGCCAAGUUUGUCCGCCAUCGAGGAAGAAAAUAAAUAUUAUUUUAUCUUCCUCCGCCAUGACUGUGUCCACCUUCCCAUUGAUAUCAUGACAUCUGUACAAUUUGUAUAUUAUAAAUUGAUUUAUAUUUAAUGUCUACACAUGGCUCUCGUCUUUUCUUGUGUUAAGGGUACCACACACACACACCAACACAAAUGGCAAUCAUGUCUACCUUGUUAGUAUUUAUGUUUGAUAAAGAAAUCCUGCAUUAUUAGGGAUUUUUUCACUUAGGCUAUUAGGGGAUAUGUAGGUAAAAUCAUUAAAAAGCCAGCGGAGCGCUUGGUCUACAUCGAGCUCAUCAAAGACCCACUACGUGUCUGGGAUUAAUCAAACAGAAAGUGUUCAGGGAGAAUCUUUUCUUUUUCCCCGGCCCUUUGUUAAGGCGCCCUCCUCGUUGCCUUUGAAAUGGAAAAGUAAUUUCCAAGAGCAAAUGACGGCUUCACUUCAUAAAGCAAAGUAAAAGAGCCCUCUAAUUCGAUAGAGCAGGCCAGCGUGAGCAGUGAUGGCCCUUGGGGAGAAUCAAAUUAUUGUUUCCAUCAAGAGAAUAUUGGUUUCGAGAAUGAAAAAAAAAUUACAAAGAAAACGGAAAGGAAAAAAAAGCAUUUCGAAUUUCGGCUCCAUCUGGUUAUUGCCUCCUUCAUUACCAUGGAAACGGUAUACUGGAUCAUAUUCUUAGAUAUUUCAUAACUCCAUCAACACAAUGGGCCUACCAUCCGGUAGCUGAAAGCCCACGCUGCAUCUUUACGCCUAUGCAUCAAUGAUCCCGAUGGACCCAGCCCCUCAUGACUCCUGGAGUCAUGAACGCAUAACUUGAUUAUGUAAACAACUUCAUAGUCACAGUCAAGGUAACGCAUUGUAAUCUAGGAGUCAGUUAGUACCAAACCCGAAGGCAGUGUCUACGGUCAUUAACGUAACGGAAUCUGAGUCCAGCCAAAACAAAACCACCCAGGUAUUAACGGCGCUUGAAUUACAGCAGGCGGAUAACGACGAGCCGCUAAGCUCAUCAGAGCACCACAGAUCUGCUGUAGCUUGGAUAUUAAACUCACGGACCGGGGCGGUAGAGGAACUAAGGUUUCAUUUGGAGCUUUACAAUGAGGGCCCAUUGGGUAACGGUUCAACUUCUGCUGACAGCUGCACCAUUUCACAAUUAGUCCCCCUUUUGG